CGUCAUGACGCAUAGGGCUGCGUCACACAAUCGCAGCUCAACCCGGAAGCAGAACGAGAGCCGCUGCUGAAAAUGUUUACAUUCAGUUUAACGCUCGUACGACAUGGGGAAACACAGUACAACAGGGAGAAGCUGCUGCAAGGACAAGGUGUGGACACGGUCCUGUCAGAAACAGGUUUUCAGCAGGGUGAGGCCGUAGGACGAUACCUCAAGGACAUCUCAUUCAACAAUGUGUUUGUCAGUAACCUGCAACGAGCCGUACAGACAGCUGAAAUAAUUCUGAGGAACAACACUCACUGUUCUGGCAUGGAGAUGGUUUUGGAGCCACUACUCAGAGAGAGGGGCUUUGGCGUCGCUGAAGGACGUCCCAAAGAGCAUCUGAAGAACAUGGCCAACGCUGCUGGCCAGUCAUGUCGGGACUACACCCCUCCGGGAGGAGAGACUUUGGACCAGGUGAGGCUGCGAUUCAAAAAAUUCCUCAAAGUCCUUUUCAAGCAAAUGUCGGAUGAACACGGCUGGUCCAGACCAGGCGCCUCCGCAGAAGCUUCAGAAGCCGGAGGCUCUGCGAACGGGACUGCAGCUGCUGCCUCAGACGCGGCUCUCGGUGGUUCGGCUGACGACGGUCUCCAGGGAGUUUCUGCCCACGUUCUGGUUGUGAGCCACGGCGCUUACAUCCGUGUGGCCAUCAAGCACCUUGUAGAGGACUUAAAGUGCUCUCUGCCCGCAGGGGUGAAGAUGUCCCAGCUGUUUUCACCCUGUCCGAAUACGGGCAUCAGUCGCUUCAUCCUCACUCUGAGCCAGUCCGAGUCCGGCCCAGUCCUCUCUGCUGCUCGCUGCUUCUUUACCAACCGGAAGGAUCACCUGGAAAACCUCGCGGCUGCUGAGUAGUACAGAGGGAAAGAAACGGGAUAGAGGUUUUAUGCACAGAGUAUGCAUACUGUUGUGUGCACAUUCUCAGACGGGAACAAUCAUGAACACAAAAGGGAAAUAUGAGGCAAAGACCUCCAAGCUACCACAGGUAACUUGAAUGCAACAAUGCACAUGGUAAUUGGUGUUUUUUUUCAAUAAUCAAUAGCGUUUUAAUGUGGAUCAAUAGUCAAUAUAUUUGUGCUGUACUGUAUUAUCAAGCCAUUUCAUCCUCCUCCUAACUGUGGGCCAGUCAGCACUCCUGUUGGGCUACAUCUUUAAUAUUUGAUUGCCUCUUUUAUCAUGUUAUACCAAAGCCAGAACUAUUUAAUGUAUAAUUGAACGCUGUCAGUCGGUGUGGCAUUUUCAAGUUGACGUGUCUCAUUUUACUUGUGCAAUACAACAUGACAACACUGAAUCUUUUGAGUUUCAUAUACAUACAUAUAGAUAAAAGAAAAUGAUACAGUUUGCACAUACGACAAAAUGCUGUGUAUUCGUUGAUGGGUGCUACAUGUUCACGUGUUUCAGGCGCCUUAGUAUUCAAUAGAAAUUUUUUUUUUUUUUUAUCUUUUUAGACUCAGUUUUUAAUCUCCACUGAAUGGCUGAGCUGUGAGUCCGUCAAUAUUUCAAACCCAUUCUGAUCUAUUUAUGUUAAUACUGCAAAGUACAACCUAAAAACUGAAGACGUCUCAUUGAACACAAAUGCACUUUUACUAUUCUGAUAUAUAAUAUGUAACUGGAAAUAGACAUAGGAGACUCUAGUCUCUAGAUUGCUGUGUUUCAUUAAUUUUGACAUUACUUGCAUACAGGGGCAUGACCAGAAGGGGGGGGGGGGCUGAAAUCUGAAAAGAGUGAAGUGAUAUGAAACCAUGUUAUGUUAUGUAAGGGGGCUAAAUAACGCUUCAAAGUUGGCAUAGGCACUUUCAAAGGGAUCCCUUGACCUCUGACCUCAAGAUAUCUGUAUGAAAAUGCAUUAUAUGGGUACCCACGACUGUCCCCUUUGCAGAGAUGUCCACUUUAUGUUAACCCCAUGCAGUUUUUUUUGCACGUUUUAUAAAUGUGUUAUUUUUGCCUUGUAUCUAAUAUAUUAGAAUAUUUCUGCAUACUGGGGUCCAUAAACUGUUGGAAUUGCAUGAAUUGGGAAUGACUGAAAAGCUGAGAAACAUACUUGAUGCCCCACCCCUUUCAAAAAAAAGUCUGGAAACACCCCUGUUUGCAUACAUAUUAUAUCUUGUCAAUUAUUUACUGGUUGAUACACGUGGAGUAUUUUCGUGUCUCUAGUUAUGGAGUUGUGCUGCUCUUUUGACUUGUGCAAUAUAACAUGACACCGAAACAA